GAAACUACAGUCAGAACAUUCGGCCUGUGAAGAAUGUGUACGACCCAGUCAUCGUGCACUUCGAGGUCUCUCUGUCUCAGCUCAUCAAUGUGGAUGAAGUCAAUCAAAUUAUGGAGACAAACCUCUGGCUGAAACAUAUUUGGAACGAUUACAAGUUAAGAUGGGAUCCAGCGGAAUACGAAGGCGUUGACUUCAUCAGAGUUCCUUCCAACACAAUCUGGAAACCAGACAUUAUCCUGUACAACAAUGUAGUUUCUAAUUUCCAAACGGAUGGCAACAUCAAAGUCUUGUUGAUGUCCAACGGUACCGUGACCUGGAUCCCACCGGCCAUCGUCAAGAGCUCCUGCAAGAUGGACGUGACCUAUUUCCCCUUCGACUACCAGAACUGCAGCAUGAAGUUUGGCUCGUGGACCCACGACAAGGCCAAGAUUGACCUGGCCCUGAUCGGCAGCGAGAUGAACAUGAAGGACUUCUGGGAGAGUGGCGAGUGGGACAUCAUAGCUGCCCCUGGCUACAAACACGACAUCAAGUACAACUGCUGUGAAGAGAUCUACACAGACAUCACCUACUCCAUUUACAUCAGACGGAUGCCUCUGUACUACACCAUCAACAUGAUCAUCCCUUGUUUGAUGAUCUCGUUCCUGACUGUCCUGGUUUUCUGGUUGCCCUCAGCCAGUGGUGCGAAGAUAACACUGUCUGUCUCGGUUCUGCUGUCCCUCACUGUGUUUCUUCUGGGGAUCACCGAGAGCGUGCCGUCCACUUCCUUGGUGAUCCCACUCAUCGGGGAGUACUUGCUCUUCAUCAUGAUCUUUGUGGUCCUCUCCAUCAUCAUCACUGUCUUUGUGCUCAACAUCCACGACAGAAGUCCCGCCACCCACAUCAUGCCGAGCUGGGUGAAAACCGUCUUCCUGAAGUCGCUGCCGCGCAUCCUGCGCAUGGCCCGGCCCGGGGGCGACGGGGAAGCCCUGGGGAGCCCGACGGCCAACAUCCCCGACGAGCUGCCCGACUUCAGCGCUUCCUCGCAAGCCUGCGACCAGGACCCGCGAUGCACGUGCUGCAGAGGUUGCAGGCCGAGACUCCUGAACGCUGGCGUUGGUCUAACUCGCAGCCUCAGCGCAGACACCCUGAAUGCUCUGCUUUCAAUCUCCGUCUCGUCUUCAGAGGUGCAAAAAGCCGCUGACAGCAUCACACACAUAGUGGAACGGAUGAAGAUGCAGGAUAAAUACAAGGAGGUACAAGAUGAUUGGAAGUACGUUGCCUUGGUGAUCGAUCGGAUCUUCCUCUGGAUCUUCAUCGUGACGUGCAUCCUGGGAACAACAAUUUUCUUCCUGCAGCCACUGUUGUCCGCCAACGAGAUGUGAGCAGAGUUGCAUCGAAGUUGCAAACGCAGACGGUUCUUUUCAAAAUUGUUCCAAGAAAAAGCUUAAAAGACUGGGAGAU